AAUUAAAAAGAAAAUAAAAUCCGAUCUUUCUCUAUGGUUUUCGUUUUCUUCUUCUCUCUUUUGUUCACAUUCUCUUAUUGUCUCAGCAGCACAGGCACUUCUUCCCCUUGUAGAGAGAGAAAAAAACUCUUCUUUAGUAUUUAUUUAGAGGGAGAAAGUGGGAUUUGGUCCACUCUGCGCAAACCCUAACCCUAGUUUUCAAUUCGGGUAGGCUUUUAGGUGGAGUGGGGGAUGCGAUUGAAGCGGAGGAGGACAGGAGGAUUAUUAGGAUUGGGGAGAAUUAUUGAUGCCGCCGGAGCCGUCGCCUUGGGAUCGGAAGGACUUCUUCAGGGAGAGGAACCACGAGCGGUCGGAAUUUAUCGGUGGAGGAGGAGGAGGCGGCGGACCUGGUGGUUUUGGAGGCGGGACCAGAUGGAGGGAGCAUCCCGGGAAUAACCACCACUACAGCUCGUCGUCUCGCUGGGCACCUAGAUUUCCUCCUGGCCAUAGUAAGCAGGGUGGUUGGCAUAUGUACCCAGAUGAACCGGCACAUGAAUUCCUGGCAUCAAGAUCAAAUGAGAAGAUUCCAGAAGAAGAUAGUGGUCGCUAUUCUGGUUAUCGAGGUGAGGGAAGGUACAAUAGAAAUGGUAGGGAUAAUAGGGGGUCAUUUGGUCAAAGGGAUUGGAGAAGCCAUUCUUGGGAGUCUGCAUCUCCUAAUGGCCCAGGAAGAAUGAACGAGCCAAGUGAUCAGAGGUUUGGGGAUGGAAUGAUGAAUUACCAUCAUGCUCAACCUCAAAACGAUUCGAUCAAUUUACGGGAUCAAACUCACUCAAGAGAUCAGCAAAACAAGAGCAACUCUAGUGGACUGGCAGGCAUUGGGCAAAGGAAUGAAAGGGAGAGUUCUUUUGGAUCAACGGAAUGGAAGCAUCUCAAGUGGACACGCCCAGGAAGUUUGUCUUCACGAGGUUCCUUUAGUCACUCAAGCAGUUCUAAGAGCACAGGACUAGUAUCUAAUGAUACAACGGUUGAGAUGCAUUCUCGAAAUCUUACACCUAUCCAGUCCACUUCUGGGGACACAAAUGCCUGUGUGGCAUCGUCAGUUCCUCUAGAAGAGUCAAAAUCACGCAAGAAACCUCGACUUGGUUGGGGGGAGGGACUUGCAAAAUAUGAGAAGAAGAGGGUUGAAGGACCUGAUGACAGUCCUAUCAAGAUUGGUACUGUAAAUUCUGGUAGUAAUUUGGAAGUUUCUCAUUUUAGCUCUGUAGUCCUGCCCGAUAAGAUUCCUCAAGGCAUAGGUUCCUCUGAUUGUGCAUCACCUACUACUCCUUUAUCAGUUGCUUGUAGUUCUUCACCAGGCCUAGAGGAGAAACAGUUUUUGAAAGAAACAAAUGCUGAGCACAACUUAGGCGGCAUGCUUGGAUCACCCAGUGCUGUCUCUCAUAGUCAUCCUGAGGAUGUAGUGUUCAACUUGGAGAGCUUAGACGUUCCUAAAAUUUCCAAUUUGAAUGCUAAAAUCAAUGAAUUGUUGCGGUCAGAUGAUCCAAGCCCUACUGAUAAUGGUGUCAUAAGAUCCUCGAAACUGAACAAGUUGCUAUCAUUGAAAAAUGACGUGUCAAAGGUUUUAGAGAAAACUGAGUUUGAAAUUGAUAUGCUUGAAAACGAACUGAAGUCAUUGAAUUCUGGAACUGAACAUGGGUGUCAUGGUCUAUCUUGUGGGUCCAAGCCUUUUGAAGUUCAAGCUGAAGGUGGCAAAGUUAAAAUUGUGGAUAUUGAUAGCCCGGGAAGUGCAACAUCAAAACUUGUUAAAGUCCCUCCAACUGACAAGGAUGCACCAGUAUCAGAGCCCAAAUGUGGUGAAGCUCUAUUGAAGUCAGAUGUCACACACUGUGGAAAUCUGGACAUGGAGAAUGACCUGCCUAUUUUGGAAGAGGGAAUUGCGAAUAAUGCAUCUGUAUGGGAAGAAACUUCUCAUAUGAUUGCUGAUGGUAAUCCAGAUUGUAAUGGGGAUCUUUCAUGUAAUAUAAUAUAUGCCUCAAAUCAGGAGUCCGCAAACAGAGUUUCUGAAGUAUUUAAACGUUUAUUGCCAGCAAGUGACUGCAGCUAUGAUAUUUCGAAAGAUCCUAGUCUUUUGUUGACAGUUGAUCAUGCACUUAAAGAAAAAAUUCUAAAGAGGAAGAGACAACAGCGAUUUAAGGAGAAAGUUCUCGCACUCAAGUUUAGGAUAUUUCAUCAUCUAUGGAAGGAGGAAGUCAACACUCUUUCAUUAAGAAAGUUUCGCACAAAAGCUCAACGCAAGUUUGAUCUUAGCCUACGUCCUGUAUUGGUAGGCCAUCAUAAGCACCGGCUCUCUUCUCGCUCACGACCCUCUUCUGUUGGGAGUUUAAACCCAGAGCCUUCACUGGACUUGGUAAAUUUUACAAGCAGAUUGCUCUUAGAUUCUAACAAGGUGAAGGCCUGUAGGAGUACAGAGAGAAUGCCAGCUCUGAUUUUAGACAAGAAGGAGAAGGUGCUUUCAAGAUUCAUUUCAAAUAAUGCAUUGGUGGAAGACCCCUGCCAUUCUGAAAAAGAGAGGUCAAUGAUUAAUCCUUGGACAUCAGAGGAGAGAGAAAUUUUUAUUGAUAAACUUGCCACAUUUGGGAAAAACUUCGGAAAAAUAGCAUCUUUUAUUGACCAUAAAACCACAGCUGACUGCAUUGAAUUCUACUAUAAAAACCACAAGUCGGAUUGUUUUGUGAAAACCAAGAUGAAACCAUGCUAUGCAAAACAAGGGAAAUCUACCUACCUUGUUGCAUCUGGAAAACGAUCGAAUUACGAACCAAAUGCUGCUUCCCUUGACAUAUUAGGUGCAGUGUCAGCAAUGGCAGCCAAUGCUGAUGAUGGCGCCAUAUUUCAGAUGUGUUCCCCUAAAUACCAUCUUGGCGUGACAAGUGAAAACAAACAGACAAAUAGUGUUGAUGCAUGUAACAGUGACAGAGAGACGGUGGCUGCUGAUGUGUUGGCUGGAAUAUGUGGUUCCUUAUCAUCUGAAGCUAUGAGUUCCUGCACUACAAGUUCUAUUGACCACCACAAAGUGAAUUCUUCAACCAUAAGGCUGCCUGUGGCUCCCGAGGUUAUGCAACAGAACACUGAUGAAGAAACAUGUUCUGAAGAAAGUUGUGAGGAGAUGAUGGAUCAUAAUGAUUGGACCGAUGAGGAGAAGCUUACCUUCAUUCAGGCCGUCUCAUCCUAUGGGAAGGAUUUUAUGAUGAUCUCUAGAUUUGUCAAAACAAGAUCUAUGGACCAGUGUAAAAUAUUCUUUAGCAAGGCCAAGAAGUGUCUUGGACUUGAUGCAAUCAUUGGCAUCCAACCCAGCAGUUCUGUUGGAGGGGAUGCCAAUCGGGGCAGCAAAAGUGAUGAUGCGGAGGGUGCUUGUUCUCUACUUGAAACUGAGCCCUCCAUAUGUAUUGAGAAAUCAGGUAUCGAUGUCGAACCCUUUAAGAUAAAGCUGAGUCCCGAGCCAGAUUUAGCAGUAGGCCGGGAUAGUAAGCCUGACCUUAACAGCCCUGAUGAUAAUGGACAUGGAGAUCUGGGUUCUAAUGUGUGUGAUGUGGACAAGCGGGAGUUGGAAUAUGCAGGGGAUGUUGAAAACAUGACUGACAAAAAUAUGCUGUGCGAUGGAAGUUUUAUAUCAUCACCCUCUUGCAGAGAAGGUGACGGAGUUGAUACUGUCAAGGAUUGUCUGCCCGUGAAAAUUUCUUGUGAUGCUACUGAUGUUGGAGUUGUAGAUGCUGUCCAGAAUUCAACAGAGGGGAAUCCACUACCAGAAUGUAGUUUGAAUGAUAAUUGUGAGGUCCAGCUAGCUGGGUGUGAUGACGUCACCGACUCUGGUUCCAGAAUGGAUGAUUGUCUCACCAAGGCUGCUGAUUCUGAUGAAUCAGAAACUAGGAUGAAAUCUGAUGUCAGCAGCUCUAUGCAGGGGAGCAAUAGUUCUGUUCCUAUUCAAUCAGUGUCUUCUCACGAUUCGACUAUCAUAAUUGCUUCUGAGUGUUGUUCUAAUGUUAAUAGUAAGUUGGCAAAUCUCAAUUCCUCCAAGCCUGGUGGUGGUAAUAUGAUGAUUUCGGAAUCAUCCUUGAUUGUGGAGAAGCAGAUUUCAGAUGUAAGUCGUAGCGAUUGCAACAGGUUGACCGAGUCAACGACUGUAAAAGAGAAUGGAGCCCCGAAAAAUAGUUGGAGAUCCGGCAGGCUCUCAACUUCAGGUUGCAUUCUUCAGAAGUGUAGCAGCAGUUCAAAUCAUGAUAGUUCUUUAGAAAUGGAAAAAACAUGCAAGAAUGGCGAUUUCAAGUUGUUUGGUCAAAUUCUGAGCAAACCACCCUCAUCUAGACAGAACUCAAGUUGUAGUAGCAGCACACAACUGGAGGAAGGGAGCACUCUUAAAGACAGCAGCAGCAAGUCAGCAGAUGGUGUUUCUUCUCCUCUGGGCAGCAUUUGUAGCUCCUCUGAGAACCAUCUUCUGUUGACUUACGGUUAUUGGGGGGACAGGAACAGGAAACCAACUGGGUUCUCUGCCCUGCCCCCUGAAGCUGCUGCCAUCCUGUUGGCCAAGUAUCCUGCUGCAUUUGGAAGUUACCCAAUGCCACCAUCAUCAACAACUGCCCAAAUGGAACAACUGAGCAGUGUGCCUAUUUUCCCUACCAACCUCAACGGCGUAGCAGCCGAUUAUCAGGCGCACAAGAACAGAGAAAGGCAGCAUUUUGGGGGUGGUCUAGAUAUGACGCCGGAGGUAGUGUCAGGUGUGCAGCAGCAGGGCAGGAUGGGCAUUAAUGUUGUAGGGAGAGGAGGUAUUCUUGUGGGAGCAGGGGCAGUGCAGUGCAGUGGGGGUGCCCCAGACCCUGCUGUGGUUGCUGCAAUAAAGAAGGUGCCCUACGCCAUGACCGAGCAUUUCGGAGGACAGCCGAGGGAAAGUAAGGCUGAAAUAGGAAGGUUGUAGUAGUUUUAGCAGCAGUGUAUUAUUGCAGAGGGAGGAGACGCAAACUCAUUCCGAGCAGAGCAUCCCCUCCCUCCGUGGCAAACUCGCCUUUUGUUUGCCGCGGUGUACAAUAGUUUUUUUUUUGUAAUUUGAUUGAUCAGAUAAAAUGAUAGGGAAGCAGUUUGAAAAAAAAACAGACUCUUAGGUUGGUUGGGUCAUUAUUUUUUUGGGUUUUUGUUUUAGAUUAUCAUCAAUUUUAAAUAUAUGAUGCCAGCAGCUUUUGUAUUUUUGUUGUAUUUGAUGAUGGAAUAACAUCAAUAAUGUGCC